AUGUCCCUGGGAAUGGCAUCAGCUCUGUUGUGCUGCCCAGAUGAGAUGAUGGACUCUCUCCCCUGCAAGCUUCGGCUGCUUUGCACUUUCAUCUGUGUGCCAAGCUGCCCAGUUCCUCAGCUCUCUAACUGCUCUGUGCUUCAGAUUAGUUUCUUUGAGGACAAAAACUUUCAAGGCCGUCGUUAUGACUGCGACUGUGACUGUGCCGACUUCUACUCCUACCUAAGUCGCUGCAACUCCAUUCGAGUAGAAGGAGGCACCUGGGCCGUGUAUGAGAGACCCAACUUCGCUGGGCACAUGUACAUCCUACCUCAGGGCGAGUACCCUGAGUACCAACGUUGGAUGGGCCUCAAUGACCGCCUGGGCUCUUGCAGAGCUGUUCAUCUGUCCAGUGGAGGCCAGUAUAAGAUUCAGAUCUUUGAAAAGGGUGACUUUAGUGGCCAAAUGCAUGAAACAACAGAAGACUGCCCUUCCAUCAUGGAGCAAUUUCACAUGCGAGAGAUCAACUCCUGUAAGGUACUAGAAGGCGCCUGGAUUUUCCAUGAGCUACCCAACUACCGUGGCAGACAGUAUCUUCUGGACAAGAAGGAAUACCGGAAGCCCAUCGAUUGGGGUGCAACAUCUCCUGCUGUCCAGUCACUGCGCCGCAUUGUGGAGUGACGACAUGAAUGGGGCUAUAGAGUUCUCCCUGGGGGCUGAAUGCUGGCUGGCUUGGGGUCCAAAUAGGCAUCAUAAAUAAAA